AUGUGUAUUAUCCUCCAUCACUGCCAGAAGAAGUGACAGCGUGGACGCGCAGAGAGAGAUGAGCACCUGCGCAGAUCGCUGUCCGGUUCGGUCUCAAUAACAUCGACUACUGCAGUCUGCAGGACUGUGAAUACGAUCAUUUACAGCCUGCAUUAUUGUCGAGAUGCAUAACAAGGACGAAUCAGACCGGCGUUGUUGAUGAAAUGCUCCCCAGACUCAAUCCUCUCGUCGUUCAGCACUAUGUGCUGCUCAUUUACAGCGACCGCAGUGGAUUUGCCAGAGCAGUGGUAUGCCAGUCCCGGACAACUGGAUUAAUCCAGAUUUGGCAUCUCUCAUCAACACAAAAUGAAGAGCAUACGGUACAAAGCAGCGACGGUCAGAUGGAGCUGCUCUGUGGCGCGCUGUGACCAGCCCCGCAUGUGCCGCGUCCGGUUACUGCUGCUGUGCCUGUGCGUGCUGGUGGCAAUGACAUUAACACUGGCAUUAUCACUAGCUAACCAGCACCCAGAGGAGUUUGACUUACCACCAAAACCUCCUGACCUGAUCAAAGACAAGCUGAAUCACCAGCCAGGUAAACCCACUGUUGCCCAAGUGAAGCGGCUCAUCUCGCAGGUGAAUUGGGAAAGACUGUGGUAUUUCCAGCUGCGACCCAUUCUCAUUCAGCGACAGCCUGGAAGUCGAGGAAGUCGAGCUGUUCGUAAACACAUCUUUUCUCAGCUGGAUUCUCUUUCGGCUGGCUGGUCUGUUGAAGUGGACUCUUUCAUCUCUGAAACCCCGCGUGGCCCAGUUAGCUUCUCUAAUAUCCUGGCUGUGUUGGACCCGAUGGCUCCCCGAAGACUGCUUUUGGCUUGUCACUAUGACUCUAAAUUGAUACCUUCAGACGCAAGUGAGCCACAGAAGGUGUUUGUGGGUGCCAGUGACUCAGCCGUACCCUGUGCCAUGAUGCUGGAACUGGUCACAGCUUUGGACGCACACCUGAAAAAGCACAAGCAGCUGAUGUCCAGGGUGACCCUUCAGCUGGUCUUCUUUGAUGGAGGAGAGGCGUUCGAGCAGUGGUCUCCGACAGACUCAUUAUAUGGUUCACGGCAUCUCGCAGAAUACAUGUCCAGCAUUCCUCAUCCACCGGGAUCUGAACAAACCACACUUCUCAAUGCCGUGGAUCUCCUUGUCCUUCUGGAUCUGAUUGGUGCUGCUGACCCUAUGUUUGUGAAUCACUUUGACAACACAGCUCGUUGGUUUGACCGCCUAAUCGCUGCUGAGAAAAGACUUCACACUUUGGGGCUCCUGUCUUCCCAUCCCAAAGAGCAGAGGUAUUUUAUCAAGGAUAUGAACAUGGGCCCAGUCGAAGAUGAUCAUCUUCCUUUUCUUCAGAGAGGAGUACCAGUGCUACAUUUGAUCGCAACACCGUUCCCUUCAUUCCUGCACACGAUGGAGGACACGGCAGACAAGAUUCACAGACACACUGUGGAGAAUCUCACCAAAAUCCUGGUGGUUUUCUUGGCUGAAUAUCUGCGGCUAUAAUAUUACAUCUGCCGCGGUCGAUACCUCAGCUGCACUGCUUUAGGAUAUCUGAAAAUCAAUGUGUUCUCAGAGAUGCGUGAUGUACUGUAUAUUCUCAGGCUGCCAUCUUGUAUCCUCACAUAUGCUUACCUUUAGACUUUCUGCCAUGUUAGUCAAUUGGUACUGUGCCUUCAGAUAGUUCUGCUAUCUAGCAAUGCACUAUAUAGACUAAAUAAUAUAACUAUCUGUGCCAAAAAAGUUUACCAAUGUUUAUUCAUCUGUUCGAUAACUGUGCAAUAAUAUCAACAGAAUGCAAAGUAGAUAAGCUCAGGAAUGGAUGUGAACCUGAUGCUAUGUAAGAGAUUAUUAUACUAUGCACUACAAUGAAGCUCUAUAAUGCUACAACAGUUCUGAUCAUAUUUAAUAUAUUUAAUCUCACAAACAUUUUCUCAAAAGAGCAGUCUGUAAUCUCUAGUAGCUAAAUGUUCAAUCACGUCUUGAUUAUAUAGUUUUCUGAAAGAUAUGGAAAGUCGUACUUAAGUAGCAAAAAAUUCUGACUUCAGACUUGACAUAGACUUGACUUGUGCUUCAACAGAGAGACUCUUCAGAUCUGAAUACCUUUGAAUAAUGCAGCUUUUUUAGGUUUGUUUUUUUUUUCGUUCACAAAUGAUGAUUAUUUUACUGAGUGGCAUUUACUGAGAGGGUAGUAGUGAUUGUCUCUUAUAAUGGGUUAAAUAACAAAGGGUAAAAUAAAAAUAUAAAAAUAUGACAUUUUGAUUUAUGUACAACCCAAUGUACUUUCCUUUAAAAUAAGAGUUUUGCUUUUAUUUGAUGCUGUGGAUAUAAUGGGUUAGUAAAGGGUCUAAAAAUAUGGCAUUUUGAUUAAAGUAAAACCCAAUUUACUUUUAUUGGAAUAGGCGUUUUGAUUUAAUUUCAUGCUGUGGAUCUAAGGUACCUGAAAUGUUCUUAUGUAAAGACAAAUGAUACCAUAAAAGAUAUAAAAUUAUAAAGGGUUUGAAAAUCUUAUUUUAAUAUUAUAGUUUGUGGGCGGCACGGUGGCUCA